UUUCUCUCCCACUUUCACUUUCUUUCUUUCUUUUUCAUUUUUUUUCAAUUUUCAUUUCUUUUAAGCCUCUUUGCUCUUUUUCUUUGUUUUCACUUUAUUUUCCCAGUCCAUAAUGCCUGCCCAUUUCAUGUUUUCUUGAUAAAAAAUCAAGGGUCGGUGCCAGAUAAAAGCAUUGUUUUCUUCAUUUUUUUUCUUUUUUCUUUUUUCUUUUGGUUGUCAAAAUAUGCCACCACCAUCACCACCCACAAUUUCUUCCUAUUUUCUCUCUAUAUUUCAGUUUUUUCUCUGUUUUUUAAUUUAUGGGAGCUUAGUGCAAGGUGCUAGCUUUUGAGGCUGAAGUGGGAUUUUCAGAAAAAAAAAAUCUGAUUUUGAUCCUUUUUUUAUCAGAAUUUUGAAGAAAAAACUAAUUUGGGUGUUCAUAGAAAGCUUUGUGCUUGGUUGCUAUCAAUGGAAGAAAUGAAAAUUUGGUUGUUUCAAGUACUUUUGAGAUUAUGGCAUUCAAGGCAUUGAAAAUGACAAAAAAAAGAAGCUACCCAGUUUUUCUUUUAAGUACUUCAACUAUGUCAAUUGUACAAAUAUGGUAUAAUUCUGGCUUUUUUUUUGGGAGGGGAAUUCAACUUUAGCCCAUGCAAAGGCACGGUCUUCAAGGAGUUUACUACGAUCAAGGCUUUGAUCACUUCCCCAAGUUGAUGAUUUUGCAUGUCUUUUUGUUGAUUUUCAAGUGUUUAGAGAUAAAGGGAUUCUCAAUCUGUAAUCUUCAGUUUCAAUUGAUCUUUCCAUUGAAGUGAAGAUCCAAGAAAAAAGGGCUAAAAAAAAGAGAGAAUUUUCACAAUUCUCUUUGAGUCCCUUAGUGAGGAAUUUGAGGCAUUGGUCAAGGCAAAAAGACAGAUUCGAAAUCGCCUGUCAGCAAAAAUUUUUUGAUUACAAAAGCAUUCUUGUCUCAAAUAAAGACUGUAUUUAUCAUGGCGAAAAGAUCGAAUAGACGCACUGUUCGAUACGAAAGGGAUCAAAUGGGUUGUAUGUGGGGCUUGAUUACUAUGUUCGAUUUCCGCCAUGGUCGAUCAACUCAGAGACUGCUUUCGGAUAGAAGGCGCGGGAACAGAAAUGUAGUCGGUAUGGGAAAUUCGGGAAAUAAAAUUGACAUGUCAACUAGUUCGGGUGAAGAUAAGGCAAUGGCAAUGGAUACAUGUAAGCCAAGCGUAAAGAAACUUCUCGAAGAAGAAAUGUCAAGAGAGCAUGCUACAAAGGAAGAGGUAAACAAUACUGAACUUGAUGCAAAACAGUUUGAUUCGGGUGAAGGAGACAAUGAAAGGAAGAACCAGAAAAGAAGAAACAAAACUCGGAAGAAAAGUUCCGGUGGCAGUCUUGAUGUUGAUGCUGCUAAGACCUUGGUAUCGGAAAUAUCUUGUUAUCAUAAAUCUGAGCAACAAACUACAAGCAAUCUUGACAUAGAGAAUCUUGUAGAAGAGCUCUGUCAGGAAAUGGGUCAAAAAAGAAUCGAUUGUGUGAAUCGUGACCAGCCUGUUGAAGGUCACAUGCAGCCAAACAUGAAGAGUUCCCGUUUCGAAGAAAUGAGCGAGGCUAUCAAGUUCUUAGUGAGCCAAAAGCUUAUUAAUAGGAACCAACUUACUGAAGGUGGGGAACUCCAAGCCUCAAAAGAAGCUAUGGAUGCACUUCAAAUUUUGAGUUUAAAUGAGGAACUGUUUUUGAAACUUCUACGAGAUCCAAACUCAUCAUUGGUCAAAAAUUCUAAGAACUCGCCAAAUGCUCGAGAUGAGGAGUCUAAGCCCUUUUCCAGAUCCAACUUUUCAGAGCAAGAGCCUGUUGGUUUAAGACAACUGAAUGAGACUGUUAAUAGAAAACAGCGUAAUUUCUUUAGAAGAAAGUCCAAGUCUCUGGAAAGAGACUUAUCAGAUGAACAGAAGGUUUCCGAAGCUUCAACUAAAAUUGUAGUUUUGAAGCCUGGACCGACAUGCUCACAAACUGCUGAAACUGGAAGUAGCAUUGGUUCGUCACCCGAAUCUAAGAACAUCAUCAGACGUCGAGAGCCAAAUGAGAAAGUUGGUUCCCACUUUUUCCUGUCUGAAAUUAAAAGAAAGUUUAGACACGCUAUGGGAAGAGAGCAUCAUAGAAUCCCUGCAAAAGAAAUACCAAAAAGACUUUCCGGUGAGCGGCAAAGUUCGAGUGACAAUGGAGGAUUAAAGGAAUAUAUUGGGAUGAAUUCUCCUACUAAAGACCAUUUCUUUAUUGAAAGAAUUGCGAAACCUUCCAGUAGUGUCAAGAAAGGAGAAAAGACAAGCAAGCUAAAGGGCCCUGAAUCGAGUACAGAAUAUGAGACUACUCAUUUUUCCAGGCAUUCAAACAUCUAUAUCGAGGCAAAGAAACAUCUCUCUGAGAUGCUAACCAAUGGGGAUGACAUUAUGGAUCUUUCAGGCAGACAGGUUCCGAAAACCUUAGGGAGGAUUCUCUCUCUCCCAGAUUAUAACUCAUCACCCAUCGGCAGCCCUGCGAGGAACCCAGAGCCUAGUUCUAUAACUGCACAGUCGAGAUUCGCCAGCCCGGACAAGCUCCAGAAGUUACAAAACAAUGUGAGUAAUCUAAGUCAAUCCGCGGAGGAACCAGAGAGCCGGCCUGGCGUUUCCGAUAAUAAAAACGGUGAUGAAGUCCGAGGUGAUAAUGCAAUUUUAAACAAACUCGACGCUUGUGUGAAUGAUGAUACAGAGGAUCAAAGUCAUUCUUCUUCUACUAAAGAUGAAAUGGGUUGCGAAGUUUAUGCAGGUGAAGUCAUUGUUGUUGAGGAAACUGAAAUUACGGUUGAAGAAGAAACCGAGCUUUUGGAUGCUUCCUCUGAGACAAAUGACUAUUCAAUUACUAGAGAUGACAAAAAUGUCGAUAUGUCAGAAGUUUAUGAUGAAAAGCAAUAUCCGGAAUGCUCGAAACAGGAUUUAACCGAAGAGGACCAACAACUGUUUUCUCCAUUAGCUUCUCCAUCAAACUCAUCAUUAACCAAAAAGGUUGAAGGUCUAGAGGAGCGACCGAGUCCCGUUUCUGUUCUCGAGCCAAUAUUUGCCGAGGAUGUUAUCAGCCCUGCUAGCAUCAGAUGUAUUUCUGGUGAAACAUCCAUGCAACCACUAAGAAUUCGAUUCGAAGAACAUGGUGGCUCUUUAGCCACAAAUUGCAGUAAUCGUUUUAAAACUUGUAUGGAUGAUAAGGAAUCAAUAUAUGAGUACGUAAAGGCAGUGCUAGAAGCCUCAAGUUUCGAAUGGGAUGAAUUCUACAUCAGGUCACUUUCUUCGGACAUGCUUCUUGACCCUUUGUUGCUUGAUGAGGUAGAAUACUUGCCCAACCAACUUUGUCAUGACAAAAACCUCCUCUUUGAUUGCAUUAAUGAAGUUCUGGUGGAGGUUUGUGGGUACUAUUUGGGUUCCCCUGGCGUAUCAUUUGUUAAAACCAACAUCCGUCCUAUCCCAAACUUGAAAAAUACCAUUGAAGAGGUCUGGCAAGGGGUUUAUUGGCACAUGCUCCCAAUGCCAUUGCCUCGUUCUCUGGACCAGAUAGUUAGAAAAGACAUGGCUAAGGCUGGAACAUGGAUGGAUCUUCGACUUGACACUGAUUGUAUUGGCGGUGAAAUUAGCGAAGCCAUAUUCGAAGACUUUGUUGAAGACACUAUAACAAGCUACUUAAAUGUAAGUCUGGAAUGUGAAUAUCAUGCUGAAGGACUACAAGAGUGAUAUCAACUUGUAAGAGGUGACUGACUCGAUUUUGUUCAUACUUCAUACCAAUAAUGCACCACUCAAUGAGUCAGAAUUGGAAAAAGCAAGCUAAUCGAGGUCUCAACCUUGCAAGAAUGGCUUAAUUUAACUCUCCUUGAAGUGUUUUAUGCUUCUUUGUAACCUUUUCCAUUCAAAUCAUGUCAAUAUGGUAGAAAUCUUACCCGCAUCAAAUAACCAAUCAACAUGGAGUUCUUACAAGUGAGUUUGAAGCUUCCUAUUUCAUGUGCAGAGAUCCAUUGCAAUGCAAGCACUUGAUUUCAGAGGCCUUUCUUGGUUUAGUUUAAUCAAUAACUACACUAUACCAUGGUGUCAUUUCUCCUAGUGCAAGUGAUAAUAAACUUUUCUUUCUUACCGGGUAGAGUUUGUAGAUUUUGGUGUGUAUUUGUUUGUGUGUGGAUGGUGUGUUCUUAACUCUGAUUUCAUUUAUUCUUGGGUUUGGUUAA